GCGAUAAUGAAAAGACCUAUCCCCCAAGAAACAUACAACCAACGUCAAUCCCUCUUCGCCCUCCUCCUAUACGAAAUUCGCGAGAUAAUCUAGUUCGAGUUUCUAGGAGGAUGUAUCCUACACAUAGCCCGCGCUCGCGGGAAAUUGGUUGUCAUUGCCUGCGUCGACCAGAAAGAACGCUAUCAUUACUGCUGGGGUCUUACAAGCAGGGAUUUAUCUUUGGGCGCGACGGCGGGAUACUAUCUUGCUCCUAUAUGGGAAUGUCGCAAGCCAGUGGACUAUGUUUCUUUGUUAAGGACGUCUCGGUUGAUGUACUCGGAGGUUCUCCCCAUCCUGUAUGGGAGUAAUGUUUUUGAUGUCAACCACAUUGACACAUUCAUCUACCUCAAACGCUCCGUCCUCUCGCAAUGUCUGGACAUGAUUCGCAAAGUAACCCUUACCUGGGGCCUCAAGUACUAUACCAACUACCAACUUCACCAGAGUCCCGUACAAUACUGGGACGUGACGGGAGGUGUUUAAAGUGCUUGCUGGCUUUGAGGGAUUGUAGGAGGCUACCAUGCAUCUAACUGGAUUGUUUUCAAUGCUGGGAUGUAUCAAUUGGGAUUGUGGAGUCCAGUUUCGGACGCGCUGAGGAGGAUUAGGCCGGAAAGAAAGUUUGAUGUGGUGUUGCCUUGGAAUAAGGAGGAUUGCAAGAAGAUAGCAAGGGAGCUUUGGUAUCUAGCUCUAAAUGCCUUAGAUACAAGGAGCCCUAAAAACCACAAAACACUGUUAUAAUGGCCACUGAAUACGUCGAGUCUGGCGUAAAUAUUAGCAGAAAUUUAUUAUCGGUUG